GGCGAGCCCUGCGCGGACUACAAGUACCGUGAGCCCUCGUGCGAGGAGGGAGCGGGUCCCGUGAAUGCCCGCGCGGGGCCGCACUACAGCUCCCAUACUUCCCUCACGCCGCCUGGCGUCUCCGCUCCGGUCCCGAUUUAAAUCCAGGCAGCGAGGAAAAUGGCGGUGCGGGAUUGAGUGCGGGGAAGACGGAGAUGAACCUGUGCUUUGGCUCGUUUCCCAGGCUGUCAUGCAUUAUCUUGAACAGUCUACCUUGGCUUCGGUGUUUGGAAAAUCGAGUUGUAUUUUCACCGGCAUCUUUACCGUAAACCUGUACGUCAAUGGCAUACGUUGUACCUCUUCACGGUAUAUUCAGAUUCUUGUCGUUCUUUCUGCCCUGUGUUGGAGAUCGGAGUAUGCCGACAUGUACGCUUGCGAGUGUUUCCUGAUUUGACUGCCGCCUGCUUUAGAACGCUCUUUCUGGCAACUGAAGGAAGCUCCAGGAGCGUUGCCGGCAAUAUCGAGGGAACGUUUCUGAUGCCUGGUCAAGAUGAGUGGAUUAGGCGAAAAUUCCUUGGAAAGUUUGACUAAUGAGUCAAGGAAGCGGAAGCAAGUGCCCUGUGAUACACUAGGUCCAAGUCUGGCCUGCAGUGGUGAGAAGCGUCGACGUGAGCAGGAAAGCAAAUACAUUGAAGAACUGGCGGAACUGAUAUCUGCGAAUUUGAGUGACAUUGACAAUUUCAAUGUCAAACCAGACAAAUGUGCUAUUUUAAAAGAAACCGUGAGACAGAUUCGACAAAUAAAAGAGCAAGGAAAAGCAGUUUGUAAUGAUGAUGAUGUUCAAAAAGCCGAUGUAUCUUCCACGGGUCAAGGAGUUAUUGAUAAGGAUUCACUGGGACCUCUUUUAUUGCAGGCAUUGGACGGCUUCCUCUUUGUUGUAAAUCGAGAUGGGAACAUAGUCUUUGUGUCAGAAAACGUCACACAGUAUCUGCAGUAUAAACAAGAAGAUUUGGUUAAUACGAGUGUCUAUGGUAUCUUGCAUGAAGAGGACCGGAAGGACUUUCUUAAAAACUUACCUAAAACUUCAGUUAAUGGAGUCGCUUGGACUAAUGAAACACCUAGACAGAAGAGCCAUACAUUCAAUUGCCGGAUGAUGGUGAAAAGCUGUCGUGAUCUCUUGGAGGAUGUAGGUGGCCACCAGGAUAUACGUCAAAGAUAUGAAACUAUGCAGUGCUUUGCUUUAUCGCAGCCAAGAGCUAUGAUGGAAGAGGGGGAAGAUUUGCAGUUGCAGUCCUGCAUGAUUUGUGUGGCGCGUCGCAUCGCGACUGUGGAAAGGAUAUUUCCUGCAAAUCCAGAGAGUUUUAUUACGAGACAUGAUCUUUCAGGCAAACUUGUCAACAUCGAUACAAAUUCAUUACGAUCUUCCAUGAGACCUGGCUUUGAAGAUAUAAUUCGUCGAUGUAUUCAGAGAUUCUUAUGCCAUAACGACGGGCAGUCGUGGUCAAAUAAACGCCACUAUCACGAAGCGUAUACACAAGGUCAUGCUGAAACCCCGUUGUAUCGGUUUUCUUUAGCGGAUGGUACCAUAGUGACAGCGCAAACAAAGAGUAAACUGUUUCGAAAUCCUGUAACUAAUGACCGCCAUGGAUUUGUAUCUACCCACUUCCUUCAAAGAGAACAAAAUGGAUAUCGGCCAAAUCCUAAUUCUGUUGGGCAAAACAUCAGAACACCUGUGACUGGAAACACAAACUCUGUUGGUGGACUUACGAACGUGUCACCUGGUCAAGCCACACCAAUGCAGAACAGGAACUAUGGGAUAGGAGAUCCCAAUGCACUUGGUCAGCUCACCAGCACUCGAUAUGGAGGCCCUGGGAAUAUAGGACCGGUGAACUCUGGACCCGGAAUGCAGUCCUCUGCUUAUCAGAAUAACAGUUAUGGGUUAAAUAUAAGUAGCCCGCCCCAUGGUAGUCCUGGCUUAACUUCCAACCAACAGAAUCUAAUGGUAUCUCCUAGGAAUCGAGGGAGUCCAAAAAUGAGUUCACACCAGUAUUCUCCAGUUACAGGUAUGCACUCGCCGAUGGGAUCUGCCAGCAAUGCUAGCAACAGCGCUUUCUCCAGCAGUUCUCUUAGUGCUCUGCAAGCCAUUAGUGAGGGUGUUGGAAACUCCCUUUUAUCAACACUUUCCUCACCGAGUCCAAAAUUGGAUAAUUCCCCAAACAUUAGCGUAACUCAGCAAAGUAAAACGAGUACCCAGGAUUCCAAAAGCCCUUCUGGUUUGUAUUGUGAACAACACCAAGUGGAAAGUUCCAUCUGCCAGUCAAACAGCAGUGAUCUGCUUAGUGAAAGAGACGGUAAAGAGGGAAAUGUGGAGGCAUCUGAAAGUCAGAGAGGACCCUCUGAGAGCAGAGGGCAUAAAAAACUCCUUCAGCUACUCACGUGCUCCUCAGAUGAAAGAGGACAUCCUACAGCAUCAAAUUCACCUUUAGACUCAAAUUGUAAAGAAUCUUCUACCAAUGUUACCAGUCCUUCAGGAGUUUCCUCGUCAACAUCUGGAGGGGUGUCUUCCUCCUCAAACGUGCAUGGCUCACUCCUGCAAGAGAAGCAUAGGAUUUUACAUAAAUUGUUGCAGAAUGGUAAUUCUCCAGCAGAGGUGGCCAAGAUCACAGCUGAAGCUACCGGUAAAGAUACCUAUCACGAUGCCAGUAACGCAGCCUCCUGUGGAGAAGGCAUUGUCAAGCAGGAACUACUGAGCCCAAAGAAGAAAGAGAACAAUGCUUUGCUAAGAUAUCUGCUAGAUAAAGAUGAUAUUAAGGACCCACUUCCCAAAGAUUUGAAACCUAAUGUAGAAGGUGUGGGUAAUAAGAUGGGACAAUGCACAAGUUCUGCAGUUCCUACUUCAAGUCAAGAAAAAGAAAUGAAAAUUAAAAUGGAGCCAGCUGAGGAGAUGAAUGGAGACUUGGAUAAUUUGGAUGCAAUUCUAGGUGAUCUUACUAGUUCAGAGUUUUACAAUAAUGUUAUGUUCACAAAUGGAAAUAACCUUGGAACAAAGCAAGCAUUACUUCAAGGAACUGCCCCGGCAAGCACUCACAACAGAAACGUCGCAACCAAUCAGCAUCCAUCAGAAGACUGGGGUUUUCCAAACUCCAAGGUGAACAGAUUGGAAUGCACAAGUUCUGCUUCAAUGUUGAGACCAGGACCUGAAUUUAAUACAACUCUCCCCAGGCCCUUGGAGGGUGGCUCUGUGUCUGGGCUGCCUGUUCGCUCUAACAGUAUACUUGGUACUAGGCCAAUGCUGCAACAGCAAAUGAUGCACCUGAGGCCAAAUGAGAUAAACAUUGGCAUGGGAGGGAAUCCGUAUGGACAGCCUGGACCUUCGAAUCAACCCGGAUUGUGGCCUGACAAUAUGAUGUCCAUGGAGCAAGCGUCACGGGGCUCACAAAACAGCUUUUUUGUUUAUAGACAAUUGGUUAGAAGCUCUUUGGAUGAUCUCUUAUGUUCGGCACCAAAUACGGAAGGCCAGAAUGAUGAAAGGGCACUUCUGGAUCAGUUGCACACAUUACUGAGUAAUACAGAUGCCACAGGUCUGGAAGAAAUUGACAGAGCAUUAGGAAUUCCUGAUCUUGUAAACCAAGAAUUCACUGGUAGUGAAAGCACUUUUUGUCUGUUGAAGGGACAAGCUUUGGAACCCAAACAAGAUUCAUUUCAAGGUCAGGAAUCUUCACUUAUGAUUGACCAAAAGCCUUUGUUAUAUAGUCAACCCUAUCAAGGGCAAGGGGCAGCAAUGCCAGGAGGUUUUAGUAACAUCCAGGGACAACAGCCGUCUUUUAAUUCAGUGAUAAAUCAGAUGAGCCAACCGAGCAAUUUUCCUCUGCAAAGUGUGCAUCCCCGAGCAAACGUAAUGAGACCUCGUACCAACACACCAAAGCAGUUGCGCAUGCAGCUCCAGCAGAGGCUCCAGGGACAGCAGUUUAUGAAUCAGACCCGUCAAACGCUUGAAAUGAAAAUGGAAAAUCCGGUCAGUGGCACUAACUCAGCAGUGAGACCAAUUAUGCAGCCACAGGUGGGAUCCCAGCAGCAAGGUUUUCUUAAUGCUCAAAUGGUGGCUCAGCGUAACAGGGAACUAAUAAGUCACCAUUUUAGACAACAGAGGAUGGCAAUGAUGAUGCAGCAGCAACAGCAACCUCAGGCCUUCAGUCCACCACCAAAUGUGACUGCCUCAGGAAGCAUGGAUGGUGCUUUGACAGGCCCUCCAAUGGCUCAAGUUCCUUCACAGCAAUUCCCCUAUCCACCUAAUUAUGGAAUAAGCCAGCAACCUGAUCCUGCAUUUAGCAGAGUAUCAAGCCCUCCCAAUCCAAUGAUAACAUCAAGAAUUGGACCCUCCCAGAACCCUAUGCUGCAGCAUCCUCAGUCAGCAACAAUGUACCAGUCCUCSGAGAUGAAGGGCUGGCCCUCAGGAAGCAUACCCAGAAACAGUUCUUUUCCCCAGCAGCAGUACAGCCAUCAAGGUAAUCCAGCAGCGUACAGUAUGAUGCACAUAAAUGGCAGCAGUGGCCAUAUUGGACAGAUAAGUAUUAAUACCAUGCCUAUGUCAGGAAUGCCUAUGGGUCCAGACCAGGUAAGUUGUACAUCACGACUGAUGAAAAGUUUUGCUGACUCUUUUUCAAUUGAGUACAGUCUGCUUACAGCCACUGCUCUGGCACAGUCUUGCUCUCAGUUACCCUGUUUGUAUUUACAGCUAUGGGCCUGUUAUUUUAUGUCCAAAGAGGUAGUCUUUUUGAAGAUAUGUAAUCAAAAUUCACAAUGAACUUAGGCUGUAUGCUGUGAUUAGUGUUGACUUUGAAGUAUCAUGGGUAGGGUCAAGCUUUAAAAUGCACAAAGGAUGCUGAAGUACUUCUGAACUUGGACAAACCUCGGAAAAAACCCUACAGACAUUGUGAAACACAUCUUCAGCAGAUCUUGAAAAUUAUACAUAGCAGCUCUUAUGAGUCAGGCUAAGAAUCCUGAUAGUGUGGUAUCUUUCUGGCAGACGCCGGUAAUGAUACUAGCCCUUACGAUACCUUAGAAUAACUUGUGUAUGCGUAGCCAGAAACUAUGGAAAAUUUAGACUCCUCAUUUAAGGUGAAAAUGUUCUAAUCACAGGCACCAAGAAGAAAGCUAAAAUACAAAAUACACUUUUGCUAUAAUCUUUACACAAAAUACCAAGGGACAUAAGACUGACAUAAGGUAAAUCUAUUCAAGUAAAAAGUACCUCAUGAAAUUUUGCCCAAGGUACCUGAGGAAACAGAAUAAUCUGAGGACUUCCGGGGGAUAAGUAAGUAAAGUUUUGGAGGCCGUUGAAUUCCUGAUCUAAAAAUGAGAAUAUAAAGGUGAAAUGUCAGAUUUUCCAAAUCUACAUGACAUGAAGAAACCCAAAUAGCGUGUUAAGGAAAUUCCACGACAGCAUUUCUUUUCUAGAAAUUUCUUUUCAAUGUGGAGCACUAAAAAGCCACUUCUGCUGGCAUUGAUUGUCAGUACUUUCCUCUUCCAGAUGCAGUAUAUGGGCCAUUUUGUUUCAGCAAAGAUGUUAUUUUUGUCUGAUGAUUGUAUGUUUUCUUUAACAGAAAUACUGCUGACGUCUAGAACCUUAUCUUCAAACAAGAAUGCACUAGAGUUAAAAAGGAAGGUGAUGCAUUCUUCACAGCAACUCAUACUGGGCUUACAGAAACCAGAGAUAGAUUUCCUCAUCCAGAGGAAAACAAACCAAAAAAAAACCCCUACCCAACAAAAAUACAUUUUAAUAGAAACAGUUUCUGUAUUACUGUAUAAUGUGGAGUACAAAAAAAGUCAUUAAUACUUUGGGCGCUCUUCUUCUAGAAAAGAAGAACUAUUUCUUCUAGAAAUAUGAAUUUGAUAAUGGCAUUUUAAUAGAUUCAGUGGGUAGACUCCUGGUGUACCUUAUCUCUUUACUGCAGCUAUCCAAAGCCCUUUAAACUACAGGCAGACAAAAGUGCCUGGAGAAGUCACAGUGGUAAGAAUUUCCUGAUUUCUCUAGCAACAAUAUCUGACACAGAAUGUAGUUGAUAGCCUUGACUCCUCUUAUAUUAAUUCUCCAAUAUAAAUGCUGCUUUUAGUUUCUUACCCCAAGAGUCAGGGAUUUCCCAGGCAAAGUAGCAGUGCAAGAUGAAUUGGCACAUGCUAGUCCAAAAUCCUGUCCAAAACCCUUGAAGCCAAGGGUUAAAAAGAGAGGAUAAACGAUUUAAAUUAUUUAAACAAACACAAUUGUGACUCGUAUUUACAGAUUGCUGUGCAGCUGAGUGCACUUUAUAGAAGACUAUAUAAUGGAUUGAUGCAAUAUCUUUCUUUGAUAAGGACUUAAUACGAAGGUAGAGUGUACUCAUGUUCCUUCUCAAACACAGUAUCAUCUCUUUAAGGAUUAAUUGAAAAGACUGCAUAAUGUAAUGAUUUCUGUGUAUGGAAAUUAGAGCAAUAAUCUUUCAUCUGGUUUUGAAAAUAACUUCAGAAAAUUCAAGGCAAGACACUGCAGUCAGAAUCAGAAUUUUGCAGUCUUUUUUUGUGAAUAAAUUCUGUAAAUAUGAUCUUUAAAAUAAUGUAUUAUAUAUAUGACUUUUGUAGGUCACUAACUCAUUUUUGCAGAGUUUGUGAAGCUAAAUAUUUAACAAAAUUGAUUUCUUAAAACUCAGUGUAGUUGAGGUUCAAACAGAAUUUUUUUUUAAUUAAAUUUAAUGACUUUGAAGCUGGGUGACUUUGACCCACAUCUUUCUCUUCUUUGGUCUUCAACACUUCACUUAUUUUUACAUCUUUAACAUACAGCUUUAAAAAAAAAAAAAAAAAAAAAAAAAAAAAAAAAAAAAAAAAAAAAAAAAAAACCCAAAAAAACAGGAAAAGACCAGUUGUUAAACUCCAUCUGUGAGCACUUUCAUCACAUCUCUUUUUACCUAAGGCAAUUUGACACAAAGGCUCUGCAUUGUAAGCUCUUACAACUUGUCAGGAUGGUCAUGUCUGUCUGUAAUAGGUUGUCUUUUCAGUUGAUGAACCUGAAUUGUGUCUUUUUUUGGUCAAUAUUAAUGAACCUGUAAAUUUAAAAAGGUUUGUUCUUUGAAAAUGUUUGCCUGUUGCAAGAUAUUUGUUCUUAUGUAACAUCUAGAAAUCUUUACGGAUAUUAAGCCACACUAGAGCAAAAUGUCUACACCUCAUUGGAUUGUUCUAAAAGUAAUGAAUGUAUUUUGUAAGCAGAAUUCUCUCACAUCAGUAUUUAAAUCUAUCUGGUUACAUAUAACUUGCUGAUAGCAUGGGGGUUUUUUCCCCUCCAUUUUGGGUGCUUGUAAUGAAGAUCCCUUUGCAGUUUUUGCAAUUAGGAGGAAUUAAAACACUCAACCUUCAUAAGAGAUGAUCCGGAAGUGUUUAAAAGAUAUGUGGUGCUUCAUCUGUUGUUCACUGUGAAAUGGAAAACUCAUGUCUCCCAAGUGAGUAAAGAAACCCAAAAACCUGAUCUGUGUUCUUCAUUCCUUAUUCUUGGUACUGUUAACAAAGAGGGGUUUUAUUGUUCAAAAUAUUCAGUGAUCUUCCAUUUUAAUAGAAAUAUUCUAAAGAAAUUCAUCCUUGGCUGUGGUUCAAAGGAAUGUAGAGUCAAUCAAUCUACUUCAUACAACCCUGUUCUGCCAUUAGUACUGAGUAUAUAAAUUAUCACGCAUUUAUUUGAAAUCUUCCAUUAAUGUGUGUUUAUAAUGCAAAACUUUUAAAAGCCUUAGGAACUUUUAUCUCUUAGUUUCUUGGAACAUACCUAUUUGCUGAGUAAGUACUGCCUACUGAAGGUGAAAUGCAGCAAUGCCUUGCUUUUUAUAUCUUUAUAUUUUGUAGUUGUUCAUUAUAUUGAUGGAAACUACAAACACCAGUUGCUUUCAUUAGGUGAGCUCUUAGACUAUAUACUGCUAUAUAAAUCUUGCCGUGCAAUUUUUUUUUUUUUUUUUAAUUAGUAAUUCUGUUUAUACAUCUAUGUGUAACUGGUACCUGACUGAUGUUAUAAAGGCUCAUCCUUUUCUUAUCUGUUUAGAAUGCUGGAGCUUUUCACUAACUACUUUUUUUUCUGAAUGAAAAGGUUUUUAGUUUAAACAAGAUGAAGGGACAAGGGACAUUUUUUAAAUGCAUUGAUGACAUCUUCUGUGGCAGCACCAAUCCUAAAUAGUACAUCUAGUUUGAGAUCUGUUGACAUUUAGUUACCACCAUCAAUUUUGCUUUGGUUCUGUAACAGUAGAUUCUUUCUCACUGUUUUUUUUUUUUWWAAAAAAAAACCCUGUGUAAUAUUACGCAGCAAUAAGAGAUGAAUUAGCUAGUACAGCAACCUCUGAUCACUGCUGCAUAAAAGAGUAUUGCUUUGUUAUUUGUCUCUGUUACUUUUUUGAUCACAGAAACCAUGUGUUUAUUAAACUCAUAUAUAGUGUACCUUUUUCUUGGUCUAAAAUGCUGCUUCCAAAGUGAGAAAAUUCAGACCACAUUUCUGUCACAAGACAAAACUUAUUUGAAUGUUGCACCAGUUAGCACACUUUUUUUAUUUUGGCAUCUAUGGGCAGACUACCAGAUGACAGAAUGAUACAGCAAGUAUGAAACCAUGUAAUUCUGAGAGCAAUAUUUUAAAAAAUUCUCUGGAGAAGGCAUGCAGUAUUGAGAAUUGCAUCUAAGUUUAGUUUACAUUGUAAGUAUUGCUUGAAAUACCUGUCUUUAUUUUGCAAAACAGAAAAAUCAUGGGGACUAACUUAAAAAAGGGUCAGUUGUAAGGUAUUGCUGCCUUUCUGGUUUUUGUGUUUGGAUGUUAAUAAUAAUGUAAAUAAAGG